GCGGGGCGGCGCGUCACAGCAUGGCGUCCGGCGAGCCCGAGCGCAAGCGAAAGCCGCCCGAGCUGCAGGCGGGCGGCGCGGGUGCGGCGGCAGCGGACGAGGAGGAUGAGCAGGAUGAGCGCUGGGUCGGCCCGCUCCCGGGGGAGGCCGCUCAGGCGAAGAAAAGGAGAGUUCUUGAAUUUGAGCAUGUUUAUCUUGAAAAUCUACCGUCAGCUUCAAUGUACGAACGCAGUUACAUGCACAGAGAUGUUAUUACACACGUAGCAUGUACAAAGACAGAUUUUAUCAUAACAGCCAGUCAUGAUGGACAUGUAAAAUUCUGGAAGAAAAUAGAAGAAGGGAUUGAGUUUGUUAAACACUUCCGAAGUCACUUGGGUGUUAUUGAGAGUAUUGCUGUUAGUUCAGAGGGGGCAUUAUUCUGUUCUGUUGGAGAUGACAAAGCAAUGAAGGUGUUUGAUGUAGUUAACUUUGACAUGAUCAACAUGCUGAAACUUGGCUACCACCCUGGCCAGUGUGAAUGGGUAUAUUGCCCUGGAGAUGCUAUAUCUUCUGUUGCAACAUCUGAGAAAAGCACAGGAAAAAUAUUCAUUUAUGAUGGACGAGGAAAUAACCAGCCACUUCAUGUUUUCAAUAAACUCCAUAUGUCCCCUCUUACUCAGAUACGCCUGAACCCUGUCUACAAAGUAGUUGUGUCUUCUGACAAGUCCGGAAUGAUUGAGUACUGGACUGGUACUCCUCAUGAAUAUAAAUUUCCCAAGAAUGUGAACUGGGAGUAUAAAACAGAUACCGAUCUAUAUGAAUUUGCUAAAUGCAAGGCUUACCCAUCCAGUAUAAGUUUUUCACCUGAUGGCAAGAAAAUGGCCACUCUUGGGUCUGACAGAAAAGUUAGAAUUUUUCGUUUUCUGACGGGAAAGCUCAUGAGAGUCUUCGAUGAAUCUCUGAGUAUGUUUACUGAGCUUCAGCAGAUGAGACAACAAUUGCCUGACAUGGAGUUUGGCCGGCGUAUGGCAGUUGAGCGUGAGCUGGAGAAAGUGGAUGCAGUAAGAUUAAUUAACAUAAUUUUUGAUGAAACUGGACACUUCGUUCUCUAUGGAACUAUGUUGGGCAUUAAAGUCAUAAAUGUGGAGACUAACAGGUGUAUUCGUAUCUUGGGAAAACAAGAGAACAUCAGAAUGAUGCAACUGGCUUUGUUCCAAGGAGUAGCAAAGAAACAUCGUGCGGCAAUCACUAUAGAGAUGAAGGCAUCUGAAAAUCCUGUUCUCCAGAAUAUCCAGGCAGAUCCAACAGUAAUCUGCACAGCUUUUAAAAAAAACAGGUUUUACAUGUUUACUAAACGUGAACCAGAAGACACAAAGAGUGCAGAUUCUGACAGAGAUGUAUUUAAUGAGAAACCUUCUAAAGAAGAAGUCAUGGCAGCCACUCAGGCAGAAGGUCCCAAAAGAGUGUCAGACAGUGCCAUCAUCCACACAAGCAUGGGAGAUAUUCAUAUCAAACUUUUUCCUGUUGAGUGUCCCAAAACAGUGGAAAACUUCUGUGUGCACAGCAGGAAUGGUUACUACAAUGGACACAUAAUUCACCGUAUCAUCAAGGGUUUCAUGAUUCAGACUGGUGACCCAACUGGUACAGGAAUGGGAGGUGAAAGUAUUUGGGGAGGAGAAUUUGAAGACGAGUUUCAUUCAACUUUACGACAUGACAGACCAUACACACUCAGCAUGGCUAAUGCAGGACCAAACACCAAUGGAUCCCAGUUUUUUAUAACAGUGGUGCCAACUCCAUGGCUCGACAACAAGCACAGUGUGUUUGGACGGGUGACUAAAGGAAUGGAAGUUGUUCAGAGAAUCUCAAAUGUGAAAGUAAAUCCCAAAACUGACAAACCCUAUGAGGAUAUCAGCAUCAUUAAUAUAACAGUGAAGUAAGGCAGGCAUUGAAGGUUCCAGCUUAAGCAGAAAAAAUCUGAGUAUGUGGGACCUAGAAAGGGACCUAGGAAGAACAAACAUUUUUGAUAGCUCCUAGAUGCAGCAAAUACCAGGACAGAGCAAUCACCAGUUCUAUUAUUUUUAAUGUACCUAAAGUGCCCUAAUUCUGCAUUUCUGGUAACUUUGUAUUUUAAAGUAAAAACAUGUACGUUUCUUAAAAAGUCUACUGUCUUUCUUGCAUCUCUUCUAUAUAAAAUUGAAGAUAAAAUCCCCUACCAUGUCCCAUGAUAGUGUUUGUAACUUUUUCAUGUUUAUUUGCAUCUUUCAUAUUUAAUUGAUCUGUUUCACAGUACUGAAAUCUUUUACAAAGGAAAAGGCCAGAAAUACUAAGUUGAGUAAACUUCUCAAUUCUUUGUACAUGUAUUAAAAAUUAGAUUCAAUUAUGGUACUGUUGGCUAUGAAAAGCAAACAAUAUUAUCUCCUCUAUUCUUUAAAAAUAGUUACGUACACAUCUCUGUCCAAGAGCAAUGAUCAGCUCUUAAAAUGCCAGUUUAUAAAUUCCUUUGCAAUA